AUGAGUGAACCGGUGCCGGUCGUUCAUAUCCAAUCUCAUAAGCAAAUCGAUAACGAACUACCCGAACUGAAUCUCAAAUAUGAAAAUUACAAUGUUCAUGGGAGUCAAACAUUAAAAUGUCUCGAUGCGAUGCGCAAAGAACGGCAGUUAUGUGAUGUUAUAUUAACUGUCGAAGGUCAUGAGUUAUUUGCUCAUCAAGCUUUGUUAUCUUGCCAUUCAAAUUACUUCUUCGAGCUUUUCCUCAAAAGUGAAAGUGAAGCAUCAACAAAGAAGCCAGUCUAUUAUCAAAUUGAUAAUCUCGAAUAUACAGCUUUAAAAUUAAUCAUUCAGUUCAUAUAUCGAGGAAGCUUUCUGCUCACGACAGACAUGGUUCCGAAGAUUUACUUGGCUGCAUAUCAAUUGCGCAUCGAAACUAUCAUUAAAGCUUGCUCAAAUUAUCUCAGUGAACAACUCACCGAACACAACUGUUUGAGUACGUGCUUAUUGUCAAUGGAUGAUGAUCUGCGUGAAAAAGCACUUGCUUGUAUUCAAACAAAGUUUGCUGCUGUGCUUGAAACUCGAGAAUUUCAUAUGUUGCCUUCAAUUAAGUUGGAACUUGUUGAUUCAACUGUUCUCAAACCAAAAACAAUCUGUGAUCUAGCACUUCAGUGGAUUGCGGAACAAGUCAAUAAUAACAAUAACAACCUUCAAGAACUCUGUGAAUAUAUGCAUUUACUUUAUCUCAAUGGUGCAACUCUUCAUGAUUGUGCUGAUAUGGAUGACAAAAACAUUCACUUUUCCGAUAUAAUUAAGGAUUAUCAAAGUUAUAAACUAACUAAACGUAGUUUAUCAACAGCAUCAUCAUCGAGCACUCAGAAUGAAAACUCGAUUUUUGAACUUUUAAACUCCCAAGUAAAUAAUACGAAUCACACAUCGAAUCCAUUGGCUAACUCUUAUGCGAACGAAGCGAAACUUAUCCAUAUGGCUCAAUCCAGUGAUCAUAGUUAUAUUGCAAUUGCAAUCAUAAAAGGCAAAAUGUUAAGUAUUUCUAUACACUUAUCCAUGCCAUUGGUAACUCCAAAUACCCCAGAUUCAAAUAAUAUCAUGCCAUCGGAACGAGUUAUCGAUGACAACGCCUUAAAUUUAUUCGGUCCAGUGUUAACAUCUGAUAAAAAUAUUGCCGUAGGGUCUCUAUUAACAGCCCGGUGUUGUUUUGGAACCGCAGCUAUAGAUGAUCAAAUCUAUGUUGUCGGUGGAUAUAAUCGCGGUGAUUGUCUUGAUUCGAUUGAACAGUUCGAUCCGUAUGAAAAUAAAUGGAGCUUAUUACCAUUUCCAAUGACCAGUCGUCGUGGACGUGUGUCUGCUACGAUUUUUAAUAACAAAAUCUAUGUCUAUGGUGGCAGUGAUGGACAGAAAGAAUUGAAUACCGGUGAAUGUUUCAGCAUAAAAGUCAAAGAUAAAUGGUCUAUGAUAAAACAACUUUCAGCACCUGUUGCACAUAGUGCAAUAUGUAGUGAUGAUACUUAUGUGUACUUAAUUGGUGGAAUUGAAGGUGAUAAAUGUAAGAAUGAUUGUUAUCGAUAUGACCCGAAUGAUAAUACGUGGUUAGCAUUGGCACCGAUGAAUAUGGAACGCAGCCAAACGGGUAUUGUUUAUUUUGAUGGAAAGAUAUUCGUCUUUGGUGGUUCAACAUUAAAUCGAUGUUUAUCAUCAUGUGAAAUCUUAACGUUAUCAACCAAUCAAUGGAAAAUAGGUCCGACGAUGAAAGAAAGUCGUCGUGGUUGUGGUGCAGUUCUGUAUCACAAGAAAAUCUUUAUAAUCGGUGGCUCAAAUGGUGUGGCAUCAUUGACCUCAGUGGAAAUCUUUAAUCCAUUAACAUACGAAUGGUUAUUGAAUAUUAACAGCAUUCCAAGUCAACUAAACAUUCCGCGCGUUGGCGUUGGUGUUGCUGUAUGCUGUGAUAAAAUUUAUGCUAUUGGUGGUUUCGAUGGUCGAACAUUCCUUAAAUCAGUGGAAUUCUACGAUGAAAAUAAUCACCAAUGGCAUUUAAUUCGACAUAUCAUUUCAAUCGAUGCGAAUAAUUCGUCCGAUGUCGUCGCCGUUCAUGACUCGAUUAUGUUUUACUAUCAAAGUUUACGAUUAAUUCUCAUGGUUCAACUAUUUUGUGUAUUCAUCGUUCGUCCAAGUUCACAACGAAUGACUGCUAGUCGUCUGAAAAAUGCUUCAAUACAAAUCGAAGAUCUACUCAAAGAAUACGACAUUCGUCUACGACCGUCAUUCGGAAGUGACCCAUUACUAUUAGAUAUAGAAAUUCGUCUAGCAAGUUUUGAUAGUAUUUCCGAAGUUAAUAUGGAUUAUACACUAACCCUCUAUUUGAAUCAAUAUUGGCGUGAUGAUCGCUUAGUAUUCGGCAAUAAAAGUGAAGAAAUAACUUUAACUGGUGAAAUUAUCGAUAAAUUCUGGUUGCCUGACACAUUCUUCCCCAAUGAUAAGAGUGCGUACUUGCACGAUGUUACAGAGAAGAACAAAAUGAUCCGUUUGAACGGUAAUGGUGAUAUACUUUACGGUAUGAGAUUCACCAGCACCUUAGCAUGUAUGAUGGAUCUACGUCGAUAUCCACUCGAUAGACAAAAUUGUACGGUUGAAGUAGAAUCCUAUGGUUAUACACAAGCGGAUGUUAUCAUGCGCUGGAAAAAUGGGCGUGCAUCGGUAUUAGAUCUCGAUAAAGUUCAACUACCACAAUUUACCAUUACAGGAUAUGAUACAAUUUCAUAUGGGAUUUAUUUAGCUACAGGUGUUUAUCAACGAUUAUCAUUAAGUUUUAUUCUCCAGAGAAAUAUCGGGUAUUUUUUAUUUCAAACAUAUCUUCCUUCGAUUUUAAUUGUCAUGCUCUCAUGGGUGAGCUUUUGGAUCAAUCAUGAAGCAACAAGUGCUCGUGUAGCAUUAGGUAUUACAACUGUUCUAACAAUGACAACAAUCUCGACGGGCGUUCGCUCAUCACUUCCGCGAAUCUCCUAUGUCAAAGCUAUUGAUAUUUAUUUAGUGAUGUGCUUUGUCUUCGUAUUUGCUGCUUUACUUGAAUAUGCUGCUGUUAAUUAUCUCUAUUGGGGUACGAGAGCAAGACGACGAAAGCAGAAAACUCAAAUAAAAAAGAAUGCGACUCAUACUGACUAUGAACUUGUUGGAGAAACUGCGGAUCGAUCUUCGCCAAUCCUUGGCCUACGUACACGUACAAUGACAAAUCAUCGAUUAACAACAAGUUCACUUGAAGAGAAUUGUCUCACUCAACGCAGCAACCAUUUAAUUGAUAAUCAGCCCCCACGUAUUCGUCCGUUUGUACGAGGACAUACAGGCUUAUAUUCCUCAUCGUUGCAUCGAAAUACCCGACGACAACGAGUCAAUCGUCUCUAUGAUCAGUUGCGAACUCGUCUACUAGGCCUACAACAGCACAUACCUCACGUAAAAGACGUCAAUGAUAUUGAUAAAUGGUCACGUGUAUGUUUUCCUAUACUUUUUCUACUGUUUAAUGCAUCGUACUGGCCGUAUUACAUUGCUCGACCAGAAACAUUUGCUUGA